GAAGUGAUCAAACAUGCGAAGAAAGCUCAAAACCUGCGGCCGCGUCAAAUGCCUCUUCCACCUUACUGUUCAGUUGGCCUGAGCACGGAUUCGGAUCGACAUCCGGUUGAUCGGGAGAAGGACACGACUACAGCGAAUUCACUGAUGGGAGCCACGGAGACUUCAAAGAUGGAGGAGGGCAAAUCGAAGAUGGAGGCCGUGGAACAUUCGAAGAUGGGCGGGAAAUCGGAGGGGGCCACGGCAAAGAUGGAGGAGGACAAAGCAAUGAUGGAGGCCACGGCAAAGAUGGAGGAGAAGUCGAAGACGGGGGAGAAAUCGAAAAUGGCGACCACUGCGAAUUCGAUGAUGGAGACCAACUCGAAAAUGGAGGAAGUGGACAAGUCGAAGAGCAGCCAGCAGGAAUGAUGAGAGGACAAUAAAAGAAGCUAUAAGUGUUCCAGAGAAGAAAA